UACAGAAUAAAGAAAUAGUACGGACGACGGACGCGUAUUGGGCUUUGGGGGUAGGGGUAAACCCUUGUAUUCAAUUUUUGGAAGGCACGAAGAAAUAGCCGUAGGUUAGGUUAAGUAUGUCUACGGAAAAUCAGGAAACUGAGGCUCAGUUUGAGUCUGAGGAGGAAAAACAGGAUUCUCAGGAAAAGAAUUCUAAUCCAGUGAAGGCAGAGGAGGCCAAGCUGAAAGCCAAGUACCCAAACCUGGGCCAAAAGCCCGGAGGUUCUGACUUCUUGAUGAAAAGACUACAAAAGGGCCAAAAGUACUUUGACUCAGGCGAUUACAAUAUGGCCAAGGCCAAGAUGAAGAACAAGCAACUACCUGCAGCCGGGCCAGAUAAGAACCUGGUGACAGGGGACCACAUUCCAACACCACAGGACCUGCCCCAAAGGAAGUCCUCACUGGUGACCAGCAAACUUGUGGGCUAGCACCCCCAAGCUCAGCAGCCCCCCUCAUUCCCCUCUUCCAGCUGGUUCCAUACUCCUCUGCAGGCUCCUGUUGGUGCAGUCAUCUGGAAAUGCUAUAGAGUCAGUCAGCUUGGUUUUGGGGCAAGGGGAAGGGAGAAGGGUUUGUGGGGAAACGUGUACAGCUACCAUAUGUACAGCUCAGCCUUGUGACAUUGUCUGGUCUGCCGCUUAAUUUCCCAUCCUUGGCAGUGCUUGAAAGAUCUAAGAACUACAUAGUUGGAGUCCAGAUACUGUACAUGGACAUUGUUUUUUUCCCCUGUACAUAUGCAUUUAGAAUAACCUAAAUAAGUUUGUCUGUUGAAGGUGUUGAGUGUUCGGAGAUUUUGAAAUGUUAUUUUGUACAAACCCAGAUUUGGAGGAGUCUUGGUUUAGCAGCCAAAGAAAAGGUAAAUUGUGGAAAUUAUUUAAGGUACCCAGUAUCUCCCUGGUCAAUCAUGUAAAUAUUGCACCACCAUAGAUAAGAUUGCUUCAAAGUAGGCUGUUUUAUCUUUCUCAUCAAAGUGGUAGGCCUGAUAUUUGACAGAUUUUGGUAAUUAAUACUGAUGUAGAGUACCGUUUUUCCUCUUCGACUAGUUUUCCUAACUAUCAACUGAACAUACCUGCUACCCUGUAAUUUGCCAUUGGCAUACCUCUGCCCAAGUAUCAAAGAGAACACUGCAUUUAUCCAUUCAUUGCUGCAUUUGUACUUUGUCAUACCUAAUCUGAAUCUACUUUCUGAGAUUACAACUGAACAUUUUGUUUCUUUUCAGAAAUCAGUCAGGGAGACAACCAGCAAACAGUUAAGUGCUUGAGUCACAGUUUUUGUAUGUGAAAACAACAAAAGAACACAUUGAAAACAAUCUUUCAAAAUUUUGUUUGUUGGAAUGUAUUCUAGGCUGUGGUGAUCUAGUGUGUUUGAAAACUGAUGUAAGUACCUAAAUAAUGUGACUUGUGGCACAGGGCUUAGUCUUCGUAACAGGGGUUUGAGGUGUCUAUUUUUUUUUUUAGUGAAAGAAUAAUUGUGAUUACAGAAAACCUGAAUUGAUUGGGGGCCUAUCUAAUCACUGUCAGAAGUGCACUGUGUAUUAAAUAUUAAUAUGAUGUUCAUGUCAAACAUUUUCACUGGACAAAGAAGCAUGUAUAAUGCACUACAACAGAAUCAUUUUAGAAAACACAAGAUUAACGUAAAAAUAAUGCCUGGGUCCCUUUAUAAAUAGAUGAUAUGUUGGAGCCAUUUUUGGUGAAACAUUGCUCAUUUCGGUAUGUUUUUAAAUUGAAAGAAUUGUAGGUUAGGGAAAGGCUGUUGCAUAUUUCUUUGAGAGAAUUAGGAGUGAAAAGGUCUUUCAUAGGCUGAAUGUAUUUUGCACUUCAUAUUGCUUCAGGUACCUUUAUAAUGGAAGGCUAAGCAUUUGUGGAUUUGAACAUGGCCAGCUGCAGAGAGAACCUAGCUGUGCCUAAUUGUCCCUGAAAAUUAUUAAUUUUAAAAUGUAAGGGAAUGCAAUAUGCCUACACUUUUUAUUGCUGCACUUAAAACAUUUGUGGAAGGUUGGACACUGAGGGUCUGGACCCCUAAAUAAAAGGCAUGGGGCUUGGAAGGUGCAAUCAAAUUUGGUAUUUCUCAAUGUUCCAAACCAUACACUAAAUGGUAUAUAAACCUGAACCUGAUCAAACUGAGACUGUCUAACUAAAUGCAGAUAGUUGUUAGUGUUGAAAUGGGAGGGUGAAUUUAAACAACCCAGUUUUCCCUGCAAAGUCAGAGUAUUUGAAAUGUGUUUAUCUAACGGCUGAAUAAACUUCAGUCUUUUUUUCAGUUCAGUUCCUUUUUGGUCCAGGUUCAACAUACACAAUGCCUUGUAAAUUUGUGUAAUUGCCUAUCUUGUUUACAUGCUUAGCCAAGCUAUGUACUGAGGAUGGAUAGGAGAUGUUAAGAGGGCAAAACACUUGCAUGCCCUUUGCCUUGUUUACCAUCAUCAGAAAUUGAUCUAAUAUUUUAUGUGAAUAAAAGUUUUAUUGAAAAUU